CUGCUCCCAGUCACAGCACGCAGGGCUCCAAUUCUCCAUUGAGUCUUGUGCCCCGAGAAGAUCGGAUGUGUCCUGGCAAACAAAUAUUCCCGUGUAACCUGGCCAGCCGAAUGAGUUGAGUCGAUAUAGGAAAACCCUGGAACAUUUAGAAAUCAAAAAGAGCUAGGAAUCCACCCACCAAGUCAUUGAAACCUGGGAAUUUCGGACCGCUUUCGGCCCCCGUAAGGAAGCACCUCACCUGCACUGUCGGCAGUCCUUGUCCGUGGAGACGGGCAUGCGCUCGAGAAGGAGAUCUUCAAACCGAAUCAGUCUUUGCAGUCGAACAGUAUAACGGCCGUCCGUCGAAAUGGAGAAAAUCACCAACAAAAUCCAAGCCCUGCCCGAGAACGGCACUUACUUCUCUCUGGAAUUCUUCCCUCCUAAGACCCAGAUCGGCCUUGACAACCUCGUCGCCCGCUUGGAGCGCAUGUCCGGCGCCCUUCGCCCACUCUUCGUCAAUGUCACCUGGGGCGCGGGCGGCAGCACCGCCGGCAAGUCGCUGCAGCUAGCGGAAAUCUGCCAGAAGAAGCUCGGGCUGACCACCUGCUUGCACCUGACGUGCACGAACAUGAGCCGGGCACUCGUCGACGACGCGUUGGAGAAGGCAAAGGCGAUGGGGAUUCGGAACAUCCUGGCGCUGCGGGGGGAUCCGCCGCGGAGCGAGGAGUACGCCAUUGUGGACGGGGAGAAUGGGGAGCUGGACGGCGAUUCGAAUGAUGAGUUUAAGUGGGCGACGGAUCUGGUGAGAUAUAUCCGGGAGCAGCAUGGUGACUACUUCUGCGUGGGUGUGGCGACGUAUCCCGAGGGCCAUUCGGACCAGUCGCAUCCGGAGCACCAAGAUCCGCUAUUCGAUCUGCCAUAUCUCGUCGAGAAGACGGUGGCGGGCGCGGAUUUCAUCAUGUCGCAGUUAUUUUAUGACGUGUCCAAGUUCGACGAGCACGAGCGGAUGCUCCGAGAACAUCCCUCGGGCGCGUUCAAGGACAUCCCGAUCAUCCCGGGUUUGAUGCCUAUCCAGAGCUACCAGAUCCUGCGACGGGUGACGAAGUUGAGCCAUGCGAGCAUCCCGCCAGAACUACUAGAGCGAUUGGAUCAAGUGAAGACCGACGACGAGGAAGUGAAGCGCGUGGGCGUGGAAAUCCUGGGCGAGGUAAUCCAGCACAUUCUGCAGAAACCAGCCGUGGCCCACAAAGGCUUCCAUUUCUACACGCUCAAUCUCGAGAAAGUCGUCUCUCAGAUCAUCGAAGAAGGCGGCCUGAUCCCCCUCUUCUCCAUAUCCGACGACGAAGCUGUUUCCAGCGCCGAAGCCUCGCCCGUCCGCAACCUGGAGAAGGUCCGAAGUCGUCUCUCGUCCAUGAACUCCAACCCACACAAUCGCGUCCUCGUCGAGAAAGCCGCGGACGUCCACAACACCGACUUCGAAGUACAAGAAGGGGAAGCCGGCAUCCCGUCCGUCAGCAGCCGCGCGAACACCCUCGCCAUCUCGGAAGGCGAGGGCGCCCUGGGCCGUGAAGCGACCUGGGAUGACUACCCGAACGGCCGUUGGGGCGACGCGCGCUCCCCUGCGUUCGGCGAGAUCGAUGGGUAUGGCGUGUCCCUUCGCGUGUCCACCACCGAGGCGGUCAAAAUGUGGUCGUAUCCCGUCACCGCAGCGGAUAUCAACGAGGUGUUCCGAAAAUAUAUCAAUGGCGAGAUCCAGGGGAUCCCAUGGAGCGAGGAAGGGUUGAGCGCCGAAUCCGAACCGAUACGAGAGCAGCUAGGGAAGCUGAACGCGAAAGGAUGGUGGACGAUUGCGAGUCAGCCGGCUGUGAAUGGGUUGAGGAGUGAUGAUAAGGUCUUUGGAUGGGGGCCUAAGGCUGGGUUUGUGUACCAAAAGGCGUUCGUUGAGUUCUUCGUACCGUCGAAAGACUGGGACACCCUUCGUGAACGACUCGCCAAUGAAGACGAAGUCACGUAUUUUGCUGGCAACUUUGCCGGUUCCACCUCCGCAUCCGAUAUCGAGUCAGUCAAUCCAGUGACCUGGGGCGCCUUUAAUGGAAAAGAGAUCAUCACGCCAACCAUUAUCGAAACGGUGUCGUUCCACGCCUGGCGGGAAGAGGCGUUCUCCCUGUGGAGCGAGUGGCAGCGGAUCUAUCCUCCCAAGUCGGCGACGUCCAAGUUGCUGGAGGGGGUGAAAAAGGAUUUGUGGUUGGUGAACGUGAUUCAUCAUCGGUUCAUGGACAAAGAUGCGUUGUGGGAGUUGCUGUUACGCUAACUGGGGGAAGGAGGGCUUCUGGGUCGCAUUCGAGGGACAUCCGUGCCACGUCAAUAGAAUUUGGAAUCAAUCGGAGAGAGCAUCUACGGGAUUACCAUGUACCUUAAGUGCAAGAUAAGCAUCACAUUUUUAAGAAGAGCUGGC